AUGUCUUUAAUAAAUGUCCAUCCUCCUAAAACGUAUUUCGGUGCGGGAGACAUUCAAAAGUCAUUGGGUUCUCUUUCUGGAUUCCCAUGGGCAAAAUAUUCCGGAGAAAAACAUCUCCCAGGGCACAAUUAUACAGGUCCAGGCACUAAGUUAGAUCUGCGUUUAGACGAAAAUGAUAUUCCCAAACCAGGGGAAGAACCCGUUAAUAGAGUUGACGCAGCAGCGCUCAAACACGACAUACUGUACAGAAAUAAAGACGAAACGAUACGAUGCGUGAACAAGAAAUAUUUACUGGAUCAAAUAAACGCAAUUCAAAUAGAUAAGGACCAUGUUGAAAAUAGAUUAAAUGACGUGAAAAGAUUCAUCAGACGAAAUAUUAAAAAUCUUGUGGACGAACCCAAACUACAACAAGAGUUAACGAGUUUGAAACGUCUUAUUCAAGUGGAUAAAACAAGUCAGUUGCAAAAUUUAAUAUCUAAAUUAGACGAUAAGAUUACGAAGGUAAAAAUAGACGUCCAACGUUUAAUAGAUAACCCAAAUGUUAACGAGGAUAGAUUGAAACGAAAACUAACCGCUUUGGAAAGAAAACUUGGCGAAUUGCUAGCAGAACUAGACAAGACCGCGGACAAAACCGAGUUACAAAAUUCGAUAUCCAAUUUGAACGAAAAGAUCGCGAAGCAAAAAUCAGAUGUUCAAGAUAUAAUUAACACACUUCCCAUUGACAAAGAUACGUUGAAACGACAAUUGACUGCUUUGGAUACUAAAAUCACGGGUGUGAUUAAAAACUUUCUUCAAAAUAAAUUUCGAGAUGAUAUGAAAAAUUAUAUUAAAGAACAGGUCAAUCUUUUGGUAUCUAGAAUUCAUGACGAUUUUUUGAGACAAGAGAGGAAGUUGAGCAAAUUAGAAGCUAUUGUCACGGACAAAUCGUAUUAUUUCAAUCUUCCAUUCGAAAGUGACACUGUCUUCGAUAGAAAAGAUCAAAUUUAUAAAUCAAACAAAUACGGAUUCAAAGCAGAAAUAAAAGUAGGUACUCUCGCAUACGGAGAACCUAAAAACGUAUUCGAUAUCGGCGAAACGCAAGAGUUUUCUUUUCGAGGUAAUUGUCUGAUUCAAAUAGAGUUUCCCAUGAAGGUUAAAGUCAAUAAAGUAGUCUUCAAACAAACCGGUAAGGCCGUCAAACAUAUUUCAUUAUUCAAUGAUGGCAAUUUGGAAGAGAAUAUACGUUUGAUUGAUAAAAGGGAUCAGGAAAUUGAAACGAAAAAUGUUAAAUAUGUAGACACCUUUAAAAUGGAAGUAGAAAAUGAUAAGGAUAUCAUUGGAAUCAAAGAUUUGGAUAUGAUAUUGGAGACGGAAAAUCCACCAUUAACCAACAUUGUCAAAAUUCCACCAUCACUUAUAAUACCCGUAUACGUACCCGGACCAAUAGAAUCGAGCAGUCACGAGUUUUUACGAACAACAGACUUUGAAUACGUAAAACUGUAUUUUGUUUUAGGUGGAAAAUACACCUCGAUCGAUGUUCAUAAAAGUCAACAGAAAGAGAGUUUAUAG